AUGGAUUAUUUUGCAAAGCAACGGUGUCGCAAUGCGCCAGCGGCGAUGGCGUCGUUCCACUUGCGCGAGCAGUUCUACGAAUACGGCGCUGCUUUCCGCUGCAGUAGCUUCUUCGUACAUUCUAAAUGUCUUCACUUGUCGGUGAAUUUGUUUUUUAUUGUACGGCUAGUCAAUCUCGCAAUCAAACAAGCCAGAUUUUGCGGUCUUCUGUCAUUUUCGACUCCUGAAAAAGUAGUGAAAUUGACUGAAGAGAUAAGCUUCACAGAGCGAUUAAACGUUACCGAGCUGAAUACGGCUUUGAACCAGUCUGCUAGUGGCAACCUGUGUCUGAUGGUCAAAGCGAAUGCGCUCACUUCGGACUCCUAG